AAUUUAUGUCGAUUUUCGUAGCCUAAUUCUGUAGUUUAAAAAUUGUCAGUUUUUUUUGCUUGUACAAAUUAGUUUGUAUUUUUGUUAGUAUAAAAAAUUAAAAAAAGUCAGUUAAUUCAAAAUGUCUACAAAAUUUGAACAAACUGUGAUGUAUUCACAAUUACAGCCAUGGAGUACGGCUGGUGCACCGCCAUGUAUGGAGCCCGUGUCUGGUCCAUCCGUACCACCGCGCGUUGGCAUAUCUUAUCAGACAAAUCGUCCGCAUCCAUGGCGACCGACAUUGGCGUACGAAAUGAUUGAGGUCAAGAACUUAGCUGAGCAACCAGUCACCAAUCAGCUGAUGAAGCCAUGCUUCUCACCCUCUGGCAUGACAACCGAACCUAUGAACUUUCCCAACUUAGUAACGGGUUUCGAACGCAAUCCACAACACGCUGCCCGUGCGGCACUCUUCACGCGCUACACGAACAACGAAUGGGUCAAUAGCAAUCUUACCAAAUAUGCAGAAUCGAAUAUUAAUAGAAAUCAGGCGGAGCGUUUGCGCAACGAUGCCGUGCGUCUAAUGCGCGAAACCGAUGAGAAGACUUCGCAGGGCCAACGUGAUGCCGGCCGUCGUUUGGGUGAACGUAUAACGGAUGUAACAUUCUGGCGCAACGAAUUAAGCGCUGAGCUGGAUAAAUUGAUUUCUGAAUCGUCGGCGAUUUCCGAAUUGAAGCGUCGUUGCGGUAAGGCCAUGCUUGACUUGGAAGCGCCUCUACAUAUCGCACAAGAGUGCUUGUACCACCGCGAAGCGCGUGCGGGUGUGGAAAAGGUACACGAUACAGCUGAAAAGGCGCUGCUACUAGAAAUAGAUAACGUACGGAAUUCGCGCGAUAAGCUUAAGGAUCUCCAUGAAAAGAUCACAAGGCAAGCCAAUGACUGCCGCGCCGCUCAACACUUACUGGAAGAUGAUGUUGCGCAUAAAGAGUCAACUUUGGGUAUUGAUUCGGUUUGUCAUCAGUUGAAUAACUACAGUCGUGGCAUUACUUAUUAUGGCGGCAUUGAAAAAUACGAUCCGAGCAUUAGUACGCAGGACUCAUGGGCCGAGUCGAGCAGUCAACGUGUUAGCAGAUCCCAGGCCGAGCGCGCAAAGCUCUCACAACUACGUAGUGAUGCCGAAACGAUUGUGAAUGCCAUCGCUCAAUCUGUAUGGGAUCAUUGGAGUAAUACGAAUAAUGCUUUGGAUAGACGCGCACAGGAGAUGAAUGAGUCCAAGAAUAAGAUACAGUUACAUUUACACAAAGUGCAACAGGAGCUUUUCGAUCUGGAAAAACACAUUUUCCUUAUACAAAAAGCCAUACAGGAUAAAUCGAGUCCAUUGAAAGUGGCACAAACGCGCUUGGAAGCACGUACGCAUCGUGAGGGCAUAGAAUUGUGCAAGGACUGGGCACAACUACGUCUGGUGCAAGAAGUUCAAGAUAUACAAGACACCGUUAAACAGCUGCAUCAUAAGUUGCAGGAAGCCGAGGCUCAACAUCAGAAUUUGUUAAAAACCCGUUCAACACUCGAGGCUGAUUUGCGUCGCAAAGUGAAUGCAUUGUUCAUUGAUCGGGAAAAGUGUAUGGGGCUGAGACGUUCUUUCCCCGUAAAUAAUUUGAUUAAAUACUAAAUUAUUGAAGUUUAAAAAUUGUUUUCGUGUCUAAAUCAAAGUGGAUAAUUGAUUACCACACGUGCAUGUAUCAUAGCACAAUUGAGUGCUAAUAUAUUUUAUGUCAAUAAAUAAUUAAAUACUUGAAUUUAAA